AUGCUUCCAAACUAUGCCGCCACCAACACGCUCCCUCUCGUUGUCCUCGCCCUUGCAUCCGGCGCCGUUGCCGAUGCUAACCCCAAAGCGGCAACCUGGCAUGACACGCCCAUCGGUCCCGAUGGUCCCUGGAACGCCGUUGAGGUCAAGCUCGGUACGUUGGGCCAAACCGUUGCGCUCUUCCCCGGCCGCAAUUAUCAGAGCUAUGUCAUCACCUCCGACUACUGCGCGUACAAUGCGUCCAUCAGCCACUGCGGGGCUGGGACGUACUCGAAAGACGAGGCCAUCCAGAAGAACCUCGCCGGGAUCCAGUACAAGCCAGACGCGCAGGACUUUCUUGCCGGCGCGGAGGUCAAGGGGAACAAGACUAGCAUGUUCAUUGACACGAUUGACCUGGGCUGCGAGGACUGUGUCAUUGCAAAUACGACGCUGAGCUUGCUGGAGUCGCAAAUGAUUGCGUACCCCGGCGGUGUCUGGUACCCCAUCUUUGCCGGCUGUCUGAGCGUUGGAGCAGAGGCCGUCAACCAGACUUAUACCCAAGAUGAUGCACCUGCCAUAAACGCCAGCGUCAUCCCGUGGUACCUGUCAAGACAUCGCAGCACGCCGUCCAGUUCCUUUGGCAUGCACGUUGGCUCAGCUGUCUCGAGCUCGGCCAUGACUGGCUCGUUGCUGUACGGCGGAUACGAUCGAAAUCGCGUGGUGGGAGACGUUCUCGGCAUGGACGGUGUCUUUACGGAUGCGAUCCUCCUCAAGGACGUUGGCAUUCGCGUCGUUAGAGGCGUUUCGCCAUUUGCCUUCGAAUCGAAAGACGGCCUCUUGGCUGGCGGCAAUAUCUCGCUCUCGUCGGGCGUUUCUGUCCGUAUGGAUGCUUGCAGUCCCUACUUGACACUCCCAAGGUCGACCUGCGAUAGCAUCGCCGCCAACCUCCCUGUCCACUACAACGCGUCCCUAGGGCUCUACAUUUGGAACACCGAGGACCCCAAGUACGACCAGAUUGUGCGCUCCGCAUCGGCUUUGACCUUUACCUUGAGCAGCGCCAACAAGGAGCUGACCGUCAAUGUCCCGUUCCAUCAUCUGAACCUGACGUUGGUCUCCCCGCUGUCCCAUAAACCGACCCCUUACUUUCCCUGCAGCACAGGGGGGACGGGCUCUUAUGUGCUUGGACGAGCCUUCUUCCAGGAUGUCUUCAUGGGUGCCAACUGGGAACGGAAGAGGUGGUGGUUGGCUCAGGCCCCGGGGCCGAAAUUCCAAGCCGGCUCCAACGUCGUCAGCAUCCUCAAGGGCGACACCAACAUUUACAGCGGCGGCAGCGAUUGGGCAUCAUCCUGGGACGGUGUUUGGACGGAAUUAAAAGCGCCGGGGCCCAACAACAGCACGGGUUCCAACGGCACAGUGUCCAACGGCCCGGGCGCUGCGCCUCCGAGCUCCGGGCUUUCAACGGGUGCGAAGGUCGGCAUCGGCGCUGGAGCCGGAGGCCAGAACGCGCAAAAUGGGCCAUAUCCCAAUGACGAUGUAAAGGUCGCGGGCAUGCUUCAACCCCACGCACCUGCGGAGGUCGUAGGCACUACAGCAAAGGGCCCUUGGGACGGCUUCGACUUCGAGUUGGCUGGCGAUGAGCGGCAUCCCGGUUCACGCACCAACAGAAAGCCUUCGCCGUACAGCGGCGAACUGCAAGAAUUACCAUAG